AUGCAGGCUCGCAAGCCCAACUUGUACCCAACAUGCGUAUGCCGACGAUGCGAGCUCGAGAAGGAGGAUAACGAUCAUGUCUGGAAAUGCCCCUUGGCAGCCGAGACCACCACUGAGAUCUGGAAGGAGGCCAUGGGCAAGAUUAAUGAGUGGGGUGUGCAGGCGACAAACAGCUACAACGCAGCCAGGAAGCGGGAAUACAAACGCGCGGUGGACAGCUGUCGUCAGAACGUGUCGGAUCUCCUCCGCGGCAUCACCCCCUUGAGCAUGUUGACUGAAUGGUCCGCGGUCUUCCGGACCCCAAUGUCCAUCGCCAAGACAGUCCUUCACAAGUUUGUUGGCUACCUGGAGGCGCAGGCCUCGGAGCUGAUCUGGAAACCUCGGUGCCUGAUCUGGAAACCUCGGUGCUUCGCGACGAUCGCGUGGGAGCAGACCCAGGGUAUCUCUGCCAAGAACAAGACAUCCAAGUACACAGGCCCCCGAGCUCAGAUGGUAGAGCUGAUCUCAGCAUAG